GUCAGUUUUAUUGGCGGAUAGAGGACGAUGGCAGGCAAUAACCAGCUUUGCAUUCGACGUUGGACUACCAAGAAUGUGGCCAAGUGGCUGAAGGAAGAAGGCUUCUGUGAAUACGUGGAUAUUUUGUGCAAUAGACACAGACUAGAUGGAAUUACAUUGCUGACACUCACAGAGUAUGAUUUACGAUCUCCUCCAUUGGAAAUCAAAAUCCUGGGAGAUAUCAAAAGGCUGAUGUUGUCCAUACGGAAGCUACAGAAGCAACAUAUUGAUGUCCUAGAAGAGCUGGGAUACAACAGUGAUAGUCACAUUGGCACUGUGUGCGCUACUGUUGGCUCACUGCAGGGUGCAGAUUGGUUUUGCAAUGGUGAAGUACCUCGGGACUAUGAUGGACCAGUUACUGACUUGAAUGGCGAUCAGUAUCAAUAUGCAAAUGGAAAAAACAAACAUUCGACAAGAAGACUGGACCCAGAGUACUGGAAGACAGUUUUAAGUUGUGUUUAUGUCUUCAUAGUGUUUGGCUUUACGUCAUUUGUUAUGGUUAUAGUACAUGAGCGAGUUCCUGACAUGCAGACAUAUCCACCUCUACCAGACAUAUUUCUAGAUAGUGUCCCGAGGAUACCAUGGGCAUUUGCUAUGACUGAAGUAUGUGGUGUAAUUCUUUGCUACAUUUGGCUGUUGGUUCUUCUGCUUCAUAAACACAGGUCUAUACUUCUGCGAAGGCUGUGCAGCCUUAUGGGGACAGUAUUCUUACUACGUUGUGUUACAAUGUUUGUUACCUCACUCUCUGUGCCAGGCCAGCACUUGCAGUGUACUGGAAAGUUGUAUGGCAGUGUUUGGGCAAAACUCCAGCGGGCAUUUGCAAUAUGGAGUGGCUUUGGAAUGACUCUUACUGGAGUACAUACAUGUGGAGAUUAUAUGUUCAGUGGCCACACUGUUGUCCUGACCAUGCUCAACUUCUUUGUCACCGAAUAUACGCCAAGGAGCUGGAACUUCUUGCACACCUUGUCUUGGGUCCUCAACCUCUUUGGAAUCUUCUUCAUUUUGGCUGCACAUGAACAUUAUUCUAUAGAUGUCUUCAUUGCCUUUUACAUCACUACAAGACUCUUUUUGUAUUACCACACAUUGGCUAAUACUAGAGCAUAUCAACAGAGUAGAAGAGCAAGGAUCUGGUUUCCAAUGUUUUCUUUUUUUGAAUGCAACGUUAAUGGUACUGUUCCCAAUGAGUACUGCUGGCCAUUUUCAAAACCUACAAUAAUGAAAAGACUGAUUGGCUGAAGAGAGUGUGGGUCAAUUCAGAUAUUUAUAAAGCGUUAUGACUAAGACCCUACAAGGCUAGCUGGAGGGUUAUAAAGCAAUGUUUUUUCAUUCCGUGGCCAACGCCUCCUUGUCUUGUUUCUUAGAUUCUUAGCCAUAGAAUGGGGUUGCCACAAUUCACAGAAAUGUGUUUUGUUGUUGCUUUAAGAAAAACAACGCAGGGUCUGGUAGAGAGGCAUUCAGCGAAUCGUGAAUAGUAAGGUUCUGUGUGAAUGUUUAAGUAACCUCAAAUGUGUGCUUGUGCUGAAUGUGAUCUACCCUUUACAGGCUCGGUUAAUCUCCGUUCUCUGACAUGCCAUCCUUCCUGUAUACUGACUAAAAAUCUAGAACUUUAUGAUGACUUUCUUUUAAAACAGUCAUAAAUUUAAUUAUUAAAACAAACUGUGUAUGCUUAAAGAUUGAGGAGUACUGUGUCAUAACGAGGAAAGCAAUAUAGUUCAUGCUAAAAGGGUCUCUUAACUGUUGUUAUUUAAUAACAAGUCUUAAGGUGUAACUGACAAUAUAAAUGGUCUGCGUAUAGAUUGCCAAAAAUGAAAGUCUGCCUUGUGGCUAUGCAGUGAUGAUGUCUGCUUUUGUUUUAUUUUUUUUUUAAUGAGACCUUACUUAGUCUAGUCUAUCGGUCAUCUGUAUGGUUGUUCUAGCACUGGGAAGUCUUCCCUUUUGUUUUAAAUAAAUGAGUUAAAGUAAAUGCUACAGCCACUGAAAGCAAAGUUAAUUUAUCUUUAGCGCGUUUAAAACCACAGCAUAACUUUUCUGUGUGGGUUUAAUUGCUUUUUAUACUCAAACUAGUGCAUGCUUUUUUAGGAGCAGCUCUUUAACAUUGGAAGAACAGAACAGUUUCACAUAUCUUACUGUCCCAUAAAUGGAUGGGGAAAAUGCAUGUAGUAACUGUUUCAAGAGGAGUAAUAAUAGUGAGUUUAGGAAGUAGUGCUCAUAUUGAUGUGCAUUGUAGCAUUCUGGUGUCAACAACA